CGUUGCACCAAUAACCACGCCCCUUUUCAGCAGGAGAAAGGAAGCUGCUUUUUCGACCUGGCUGAAAAUCUUCCCCUAGAAAGCUCUCAGGGGCCCAGCCCACCAGGAAAGCUGUAUAAGCACAGGGUCGACGGGACGGACGGAAGCGGUGCGCCGUCGUACGGGGAGGUCCGUAGUGACAGCGCGAUGAGCUACAAACCCAUCGCCCCUGCUCCGUCCGGCUCCAACCACACCCCGCCAGGCUCCAGUGUGCCCUCCCCCUCACUCCCCUCCAACUUCAGACCAGCGUUCAGUGAUUUCGGCCCGCCGUCGAUGGGCUUCGUUCAGCCAGUGAAAGUGUCUCAGGGCUCAACCUACAGCGAGCUGCUGUCAGUUAUCGAGGAGAUGAGUCGCGAGAUCCGCCCCACCUACGCCGGGAGCAAGAGCGCCAUGGAGAGGCUAAAGAGAGGUAUCAUUCACGCGAGGGCGCUGGUCAGGGAGUGUCUGGCGGAGACAGAGAGGAGCGCUCGCACAUAACCCUUUGCAGAAUCCCUCCACCCCCCCCCUCCCUUGUCUUUGUAUAGGCCUCAUCUAUGUGUCCCGUCUUUGUUAUCCUGACUUUUGUCUCUAUUGCUCCACUGAACCUGUAACCUUUUUUCCCCAUAUAGUUUCUCACACCGCCUAAGGGGUGUGUUCAGAAUGUGUAACACAUUUUGCAGUUGUACGACAGUUCGCUCUCAGAACAUUCUGUAGCUUAUUUCAGUUUCAUAGGCAUCAUGAGGGGCUGGUAAAUAUUUUCUCAUUUUGGUCUGUCCUGUUCAGUGGGGGCGAGGUGAUAGUGCAGUAAAAUAUUUGAUAGAUUUUUGAAAACUAUGCCACAAUGAAAUGAGGUUGAUACUCUUGACUUUCUCUCUUAGCUGCUAUACUGACACCACUCUACAUCCAAAGGUUUAAUUCCACAUGGUUUUACAGUAAGCAACACUUAAGCCUUGUUCGCACUGCAGGCCUUAAUUCACUGUCCAAACGGCAAGUGACCAAAUGGCAGUCAUUUGUUGACAUGGCUAUGCUACUUGUCAUAGUAAUGACGAAUGUGUGCGUUCCUUCUUCCUAUCACUCAGAAGUUAUGUGGCAAGCUAAGGUGACAAUGCCUGCAAUGGAUGUUCCCCAGUUUGCUUUGAAUGUUUGAAAUCAUAGUGAAAAAAAUCACACUUUUAAAGCCGCCAAAGGAUAAGGCAAUCCAAUUUUCAAAACAAGUAUUGUUUGGCUAGCCACGGCAGUCAACUAACGAGGUAGCUGUUUAUCCUUCUAGCACAUUCACUAAUUUGUUUGUAAACAACAAGCUAGUUAGUUACCACAUAUUCUUGCCACACCACGGUGGUUUGAAGUCAUCCUAUUCCAUGUGUUUUUUGGCUGUUCAGACUGCAGGAAAAAUAACAUUUGAAUCGGAUAUGCAAAAAAAAAUGUAUUUGAUGUGAACAAGGCUUAACAGCAUCUUGAAAAUAUCCCGUUCUCUGUUCCACAUGCUUCCACCCUACACACAUUUUCUGCUGUCAUGGCACCCUCUAUCUGCCACAUACAGUCAAGCUUUCCUUGCCCUUCAUCCUCCACCCAAUUAACUAUUACCUCCUCCCUACACACCUGAAAUCAGUUUUGUUAGUAUGGCAAUUUUGUAAACCCAAUUUUUGCAGUUCUGUACUUGAAUUGAAUGAAAUUAAAAGUUAGAAAAGUUUUCCAAUUAAAAAA